AUGAGUAGUAGUGUGAUAGUUAGAUACAAAGAAUGCAGGCGAAACCAUGCCAUUUCAGUGGGCCUCCAGGCUGUUGACGGCUGCCGUGAGUUUAUGACACCAGCAGCAGAAACAGCUGAGCAAGUAGUAAGCGGAGGCGGCGGAGAUCAGAGGGGUUUUCUGUGCGCAGCGUGCGGUUGUCACCGGAACUUUCACCGAAAGGAGAUUAUUAAGGACGGUGCAGUGGUCCAUUAUGGGAGUAUUAGUACUACUACUCAUCAUCAUGCUCCGUCGAGUUCAGUAGUGCCAAUGUACGUAGUGGUUCAACAACCAGUGGUGCACCCGCCUAAUAAUAAUGUCUUCUCCAGCUAUUAUAAUCAUCAAAAUCAUGAUCAUGGUCUUCAUGGUCGUUAUAAUAAUGAUCAUCAUCAUAUGAUACAGCACUAUGGAUCCUCAGGAGCUAAUAAUAGUAGUCAUGAAGAUGGUCAUGGAGACUUUGAACAGAAGCCUAACAUUUCAUUCAUGACCGGUAGUACUAAGACUGAACCCUUCUAG